CAGGGCUAUUGGCAAGACUGAGGCAGACGAUGAAGAGCUAUUUAUUAAAGCCCAAAAGGACAAGCUGCAGGAGCUGGAGGUACAAACCCUGGAUGGGCAGAGAACCGAAAAUAUCAUAUGUAAAAACGUCCCCACCCCAUAGUCAAGUUGGGGUCCUAGCAAGACAAAUCCACAAGCUUUGGAAGCCACGCAUGAGAAGUUGCAGUCCGUAGUGUAGGUGUAGUGCAUGUUAGCAAGGACAACCGGAUCGCAAAUCCAUCUGUUUAUCCUGUUUACAGCAUUACAAAUUCCAAAACGCGAUUGGAAAUGCCUCUCAUGGAGAUGCGCAUUAUAAAUCUUCCUGUAGUCGCAAAUCUGCAUGACAACUAUGGGGUGGGGAUGUUUUUACUCAGGAUAGAAAACCGCACCAAAACUUUGUAUGAGGAAGAGAAGGACUCGCUGCUGCUUCCCUACAUCCAGAUAGACACUACGAUGACGGCGCCGCCGCUCUGGACAAAUUUUGUUGCGCGCUUACGUGUAUGCAAUGCAAAAGCAUCGUAUUAGUACAAAUUGCAUCACAAAUUCCGGCAAGAACAGAACUGGAAUUUGUAAUGCUGUUUCAGGCUUAGAAAGAGAUGUGCAUGAAUGUAAUUUAAUAUACGAGUACGAUACUUUUGCACAGGAUAACGUGAGAAGCGGAGGACUUACGCGGGCGGUGCAUAUCGCAAGAAAAAACUGUUUCAAUGUGAACUUGUGAUGCACAGAAGGCAACAUCACAGAACUAUUUGUCUUGCUCCACCUGCAAGACCGCGACUCUUUGACGCUGUUUUCCCUUUGGAAGUGCCGCGCAUGGCAAAUUUAUUUCUGUGUCAUGUGUAAGAUGAAACUUGUGAUGCAGAUCUUGCAAAAUCAUCACAGUGAACAAACAGUUCUUUCGUGGGAUAGUGCACCCUUGGACCCUAGUGUUUUGGAGCAAGGCAAACUGAUGCGCAGCGUUUUGGCAAGGGGGAAAAGGUAUGGAAUUGCAAACAUCGAUCUGGGUUUAGAUGUGUCAAUCGGAAGGUGCGUUUGGAUUCCAAAAAAAACUGUAUUUUUGCAUCCGCAGCAAAGGGAAUGGAAUUUUUGCUACGUCGCGGAGAGGGUAUUUUUUGUCAUGCGGAAUAGGCAACAUCAGGAAGCCCUGAAAAAUAAAAAAUCUGUAAUGCUAGGGCAUGCAUCACAGAGGACGUCAUGGCUCAUGCAAAAGAACGUGCGUGACAAGCCUUAGAAUCUUCCAGACAUCAUCCAGGGAUAUUUGCAAUUGAUAGCUGCGUGAAGCACACUAUGAAGUGCAAAAGUAUCGUACUCGUAUAAAUGCAUGACAAAUUGUUCCCCCAGCAUGAGAAUUCAAUUAAGAUUUGUAAUGCGGAUUUACCUUGAGAAAAAAAUUUGUAAUGCAAGACUUGCAUUUAUACGAAUACGAUACUUUUGCACAGGAUACACACAAUGCUGAAGUUUGGGACCGCUUUCCAGCAGUAUCAAAUGUAAAAAUGUCUGGGUCUGGAAGGAUGCAGAGAUUUGCGAUGCAGCUUUGGCAUGAACCCUGAUGUCUGUGAUGCAUACCCUAGCAUCACAGAUUUUUUGAGGGCUUCCUGAUGCCUAUACCGCAUGAGAAAUGCCCUCUCGCCGUCGCAAAAACUGCAACUCUUUUGCUGUUCAUGCAAUACAGAUUUUUGUAGAAUCCAAAUGCAGCAUCACAAGUUGCAUCCUUCCAGACCCAGACAUUUUUGCAAUCCAUAAGCAGAGUACUUGGACCAGUUGGAAGCAGAAGCCAACGGCGAGCUCUAGUAGUACGAAAUUAAUUUAUUAAAGCCCAAAAGGACAAGCUGCAACCGCAUUGCGUUGUACAUCAUCGCGUCACAUUCAGAAAAGUUGGGGACCUUUGUAACAUAUCACCAAGGUAGUCGAG